UCAAAAUCAAUCGUUUGUGCAAAAAAAAAAAAUAUUUAUUAUAGUAUUAAAUAUAAAAUUAAGGCGACUGGCGCGAAAUAUUGAUUUCACAUAAAAAUGAUUGAGAUUGAAAAAAAAGCAUCGACCCGCUCAGCGAAUAAAGCGAAUUGCGUGUCGAAAACAACAGUUUACAAAACGAAAGCUGGAAAAUGCCAACGUCCCAGUCCCAACGGAGUGCUCCAUCGUAAUCCAUAUUUAAAUUUCCUACGUGAAUUUCGCCUUCGCAAUGGUCAUCUCCCUGCGGUGGAAAUUAUUCGACGCGGCGCCAAGGAGUGGAAGAAUAUGCCCAAAGAGGACAAGGCGCAGUUUAUAGAAGAGGCCUUUUAUGCACCCAAGAAAAAAAGACGAUCCCCAAUGGUGCCUGUGCAUAAAGCACCGAUGAACUUGAUUCCAUACCUUGGAAAAUGUGGCGUAGUAUGUCCCAAAGUGAACCCAUGUGCAAAAAAACGACGCAGAAAAUCGAGAAAAUCAAGGUGUGGGCGCAAGCGAAGGCCAAAGAAGAGGCGUUGCGCUAAAAAACGUAAACCCAAGUGUAGACGUUGACAAUAACGCCCUUGAUUUUGAAUUCACAAAUU